AUGCCAGAGGACAACAUCUUGAUGCAGCUGACCGGCACAGUGGACGUGAUCGUUUUCAACUCCAUGUGUCUGGGGUUGCUCGACCGCCCCGAUGGGCUUAUCUUCAAGAUCAACGACGGCAUCCUGCCUUGGGCGACGGAGGGCGUCCCCGAGGGCAAGGUCCGCGCUCCCUGGUUCCACCUGCGGCUCAGGGAGGGCGAGGGCGUCGUCGUCCCCAGUGGAUCCGUGCACAAGGUAGUCACCCGCAACACCAAGCGUGUGGGCCUCAACGCUUUCUUCGAGCCGAAGUUCGGGAAGAUGUGGUGGAAGCACGCCCCGGGCAACUGCUACAACCGGAACGACAAGGACGUGCUG